UCAUUCCACCACCGAAACCCAAAGAGAACUUGAAAAUUUGAACGCCUCUGUUCUGUCAAUCUUUUUUUCCCGGUGAUUUUCCAGCGCUGUUCGUCCGUUGUCUUGAUCAAUUAUAAAGAAGAAAUCAUGUUUCUAGUUGAUUGGUUCUAUGGGGUGUUAGCAUCACUAGGAUUGUGGCAGAAGGAUGCAAAGAUCUUGUUUUUAGGGCUUGAUAAUGCUGGCAAAACCACCUUGCUUCAUAUGUUGAAAGAUGAGAGAUUGGUGCAGCAUCAACCUACACAGUACCCCACGUCAGAGGAGUUGAGCAUAGGGAAUAUUAAGUUCAAGGCUUUUGAUUUAGGAGGACACCAGAUUGCUAGAAGAGUCUGGAGAGACUACUAUGCCAAGGUGGACGCUGUUGUUUAUCUUGUGGAUGCAAAUGAUAGAGAGAGGUUUCCAGAGGCGAAGAAGGAAUUGGAUGGGCUUUUGUCAGAUGAGUCGUUGACAAAUGUCCCAUUUCUCAUUUUGGGAAACAAGAUUGAUAUACCAUAUGCUGCUUCAGAAGAUGAGCUGCGUUAUCACUUGGGCCUAACUGGUGUGACCACUGGCAAGGGUAACGUCAACCUCGCUGGUACCAAUGUCCGUCCAAUCGAGGUGUUUAUGUGCAGCAUUGUGCGCAAGAUGGGAUAUGGUGAGGGCUUCAAGUGGAUGUCACAAUACAUCAAGUAGGAGAGUUAAACACCACAAACUUGUUGGCCAAGUUCCUCUUUGUGAUCCCAAUCAGUAGAUGUGUGAGGGGGCCAAGAACAGAGAGAACUUCUCCGAAUCAGGAAGGUAGCAUGUCGGGUUACAUUGUAUUGGAUAAAAGCUACAGCUUUGCACUAGCCUCUUUCUAGUUUUAUUUUUACUAUUCCCGAUAGAAACUUUGUACAGGGAAAGCACAAUAAUGAAAAAAGGGCAGUCCUUGUUCUUUAUCCUUGCAAUA